UCAACUUCAAAUCCCAAGUGAAAAAACAAACUGAGAAAACACAGAAAAUAGAGAGAGAGAGAGAGAGAGAGAGAACAGUGAGAGAAAAUGGGCAGAGCUCCUUGCUGUGAAAAGCUUGGAUUAAAGAGAGGUCCAUGGAGUAAAGAAGAAGAUGACUUACUCAUCAAUUACAUUAAUAAACAUGGCCACCCUAAUUGGCGUGCACUUCCCAAACUUGCAGGUUUGUUAAGGUGCGGAAAAAGUUGUCGUCUCCGAUGGACUAAUUAUUUGCGACCUGAUAUUAAGAGAGGGAACUUUACUCCUGAAGAGGAAAACACCAUUAUCAAGUUGCAUCAAGUUCUUGGAAAUAGGUGGUCUGGAAUUGCAGCAAGGUUACCAGGACGAACAGAUAAUGAAAUAAAAAACAUUUGGCAUACUCGUUUGAAGAAGAGAGUGGAUGAUAAAUCUCAACCUCAAGAAACUCAAGAUAUAAAAGAUCAACAAACCAUGGAAACGUCAAAAUCCGAGGAAAAUUUUGAAACACGUUCAUCAGAACCCGAAAAUUCUAAGGAUAAUUCUGAAGAAAUAUCAAGUCCUAAAACAAACUCCCAGAUUCAAGAACAUCCAAAUACUCCGUCGUCAACAUUAUCUAGUGGAGAUUCAUGUUCAAACACAACUGCUACGAGUGCGAGUUCUCUUGCUGAUGAAUCAAGAGAUCAAAUACUGUUGGACAAUUUGCUUGAAGUUGACGACAAUUUUUGGUCCGAGGUACUAUGGGCACCAGCUGAAACUAAUGAC